ACUACUACACCUCAAAUGUCACCACUAUACCCUCAAAUGUCACCACUAUACCCUCAGAUGUCACCACUACACCCUCAAAUGUCACCACUAUACCCUCAAAUGUCACCACUACACCCUCAGAUGUCACCACUACACCCUCAAAUGUCACCACUAUACCCUCAAAUGACACUACCACACCCUCAAAUGUCACUACUACACCUCAAAUGUCACCACUACACCCUCAAAUGUCACCACUAUACCAUCAGAUGCCACCACUACACCCUCAAAUGUCACCACUAUACCCCAAAUGUCACCACUAUACCUCAAAUGACACCACUUCACCCUCAAAUGUCACCACUACACCCUCAAAUGUCACCACUAUACCCCAAAUGUCACCACUAUACCAUCAAAUGACACCACUACACCCUCAAAUGUCACCUCUAUACCCUCAAAUGUCACCACUACACCUCAAAUGUCACCACUAUACCUCAAAUGUCACCACUAUACCAUCAAAUGACACUACUACACCUCAAAUGUCACCACUACACCCUCAAAUGUCACCACUAUACCCCAAAUGUCACCACUAUACCAUCAAAUGACACUACUACACCCUCAAAUGUCACCUCUAUACCCUCAAAUGUCACCACUACACCCUCAAAUGUCACCACUACACCUCAAAUGUCACCACUAUACCCCAAAAUGUCACCACUAUACCCUCAAAUGUCACCACUACACCCUUAAAUGUCACCACUAUACCCUCAAAUUUCACCACUAUACCCUCAAAUGUCACCACUGUACCUCAAAUGUCACCACUACCCUCAAAUGUCACCACUACACCUCAAAUGUCACCACUACACCCUCAAACGUCACCAAUAUUCCCUCAAAUGUGACCAUUACACCUCCAAAUGUCACUGCUACAACAUUAAAUGGCACUACUACACCUACACCUACCAUGUUUAUUACAACCCCAAAUGUUACCACUACACCCACAACAAACAGCACCGCUACAUCGAAUGUUACCAAUACACCCACACCAAGCCUCGCUACUACAACCAGAAAUCUUACCACUACACCAACAACAAACAGCACUGCUACAUCAAAUGUCACUGCUACACCCACUCCAGGCAUCACUGUUACAACCAGAAAUUUUACCACAACAAGCAACACUACUGCAACAUCAAAUGCCUCUGCACCCACUCCAAUCAUCACAAGUACAACCGCAAAUGUUACCACAGCACCCUCAACAACUGCAAACAAUAGCAGCACCAAUACAUCGCAGAGCACCAUCACCCCUAUGCCUCCAGUAUCGACUACUAACACAAUCAUCAUACCAGCUACCUGUCCAGAAAUGCAAUGUCCACCCCUGAGCAUGUGUGCUAACUCUGUCUGUCAGUGUCUGGCUGGAACAUACAUGUCACAAGGCCUGUGUAUAGAAGCAAAAGUGUUUCCAGGAUUGCUGCAUUUUCUGUCAAUAGAUUUUAAACCUGAAAUGAGUAAUCAUACCUCAGAGCUAUUUCGUACGACAUCGGAUAGGAUCGUUCAACAGCUGAAAAGCGUUUUCAGUUCAAAACAAGGCUACAUAACUUCGACAGUUUUGGAAUUAACUGCGGGCAGUGUGGUGGCUACGGUGAACAAUGUGUUUGAACCCAACUCUUUAGCUACGGAGAAUUCCACAAACCAGGCCAUAACGGAUGCCAUAAAAAACAACAUUAUCCAAAAUGCUAGCUUUACCCCCACAAAUCUUUGUGCUCAGAAUCCGCCUCCAUGUGAUGCUGGCUCUACAAUAUGUAGUAGUGCAAAUGGUACAGCUACAUGCUCCUGCAUGCCGGGCUACAUAUUAACUGGAUUUUCUGAAAGAAUCUGUAAAGCAUGUCCCAGUGGCCAGCAAGCAGUGAACCAAAACUGUGUGCCGUGUGCGUUCGGUUAUUCUGGCUUCAACUGCAAUGACUCUUCGUUGCUGGCAUUGGUGGUGGUCGCCGUCGUUUUAGGUGCAAUUCUGCUCAUCAUUAUUUUGGCCCUUCUAAUCUGCUGUGUGGUCUACAGGUCAAAGCGCAUCUCCAAUCACAAUAGUCCUUACUCCACAGACUUUGCGACCUGGCGCUCCCAUGCUGUUACUCCCAUUCCUCGUGCAUCUCUCGGCAACAACACGAACUCUGAAGCAUACCAAACGGAGAUGCCCUUGCCAGACAGUAUCAAACCCAACAACGGAUUGAAGCUAAGAGGAAAGAUGGGCUCUUAUGACCUCAUGCCUUUAGAUGACAUGAAAACGUUUAAAGGCAAAAAUCCUCCUCGCUAUUCUUACUUGGUUGAAGGCCACGAAAACCCUUACUUCAAUUCAGACGAACAAACGCCGCAAUCCUGAAUGGAGCGAGAGCUGGAGACGAGAGGAGAGGACACUGGUUAAUAAGUAGAACACUUAAAUAUAGGAGAUAAUGACGAGGGGUAUAGCUUUUUUUUUUCUUCUUUUUUAACAAAUCCAAAUAUUUUAUACUUGUUGGUCCAUUUUGUUCUCUAUUGAGGAAAAUUCUGAUCAAGAUAAUUUUUUCUUUUUUUUCUUCCAUUUUCUUCUUUUUUUUUUUCAUUUUUCAUUUUUUCAUUUAUUAUUUAUGUAAAACUGUAAAAUGUCUUUUUGCAGCAGAUGGCUUUAACAUAUUGCUAAGCGUUGACCUUACAGCUGCUUUCAGAAAGUCUUAAGCCUCACAUUAUGUUCACUACUUGGCAAUUAAUAUCUUUGACCCAGACCAUGUCUUUCCAGCAUUCCAGCAUUAACUAUACUAUUUGUAAACACCUGCUCAUUAGCUCAAUAUGUGCAUAUUUUAAGAGUUAGCCCAUUUUCCAUUUGAGCAUCCUCCACUCUUCUGGGAGGGCUUGUGGAGUGAUAAUUUAGCCUUAAGAUAAUCACUGAGAUAAGGCAAUAAUGUCUGGGGUUCAGUCAGUGUAUCCCAAAGUACCCAAAAGGUGUGGUGUGGGAGUUAAUUUCAGGGCUCUGUGCAGGACACUCGAGUUCUUCCACUCCAACUCUUUAUGUACCUCGCUAUGUUUAUUGUCAGGUUGGAAAUGAUUUGGGGUUUGCAUCCUUUUGUUCUAGUAAGGGUUAAUCCUAGAGCAACAAAGACAUCCUACUGUAUACAUUGGUGUGAAUUUAGUACUUUACUGCAAGAGUUUUUUGGGCCAGAAGAUGGGUGUGAUGGUCAGGUAUUCACAUAUUUAAGGCCUUGCAGUGUCUCAUGUGUAUCAUAGAUUAUUUGUGAAAAUUCCUGCCUGCAUCUGGGAAUCCUCCUGAAAUGUGUAUAUGUAUGUUUGCAAAUCUGACUUCAUUUCAGCAGUGACAUCAUUAGCAAUGACAGAUAACCAUAAUAAUUGGAUUGCAUUACUGUUACAAUUUAAAUAGAAGUGAACUAAAUUGGCCCCAGUGAAUAAAACCAGAUCUGUUCAAUGAUGGUCUUCAGCCUGUACCAGGAAGAAAUCAGCUCAACAUCUACUUACUAACAUUAGUGAUCCUGCUGUUGUUUUUGGGUACACACACACACACACACACACACACACACACACACACACACACACACACACACACACACACACACACA